AUGUCCUCUCCUAAGCUAUUCAAUUUGCCCGACCCCUCGCAAAGAGAGGCUCUCACCAAGUUCUUUAGAGACAGACAGGUUGGUAGACUGCGACUAGUCGGAUGUGAAGAUGACAAGCUGUGGCAGUAUGUGAUGCAUCAAGUUGUUGGAGCCUUGGACGCACAUCUGAGAGACGAUAACGCCUUCCGCUUCCUCCUCGGACCACGCCCAACUGCUGCUGACUUUGCGCUGUAUGGCCUUCUCAAGCAACUUUCACUCGACCACACGACUGGAUACAUCAUCCGAGAUCGAUUCACCGCUGUAUACGGCUGGAUUAUGGCGAUGGACGAUUCAAGUGGUCUUGAAGUGGAUGCCGAAUGGGAGUUACUGCGCAUGAACACCCCGGCAGUUAGAAAAAUACUCAAACUCGUCACUUCGAUGUAUCUCCCCUAUCUCGUCGCGAAUAGCCGUGCGAGCCGCGGUGACGAAGUCAGGGUUGAAUUUCGCCUCGACGAUGGUCAGACCUUCCUUCAUAGAGAGAAGUUUGGUUCUUAUCAAAAGAAGUGCUUUGAAAACUUGAGACGGCAAUACGUCGAGUUGAACGCAGCACAGCGCCGUGAAAUAAGCAAGCUAGCAGGCUGUCAACUUGACCAGUGGCUCGACGUAAACCAAUCC